GAAACGCUCCCGUUAAUAUCCCGGCUCCGAAUCCGGUAACGACAUCAGUCAUCGUUUUACCGCUCGUCGAAGAAAUCGCAGCUCUCCUACGCAACGCACGCGUCAAAGGAACGUUCGCUCUUUCGAAGCAAAUCGACGAUACGUAUUCUCCUGAUAAAGGUGACGCUUAAUCAUGAAGAGAGUCAAAGUUGCGAUGAUAGUGGUGCUGCUCGCAGCCAUCACGAUCGCGAAGGAGGAUAAGGAGAAGGAAGAUAUCGGUACAGUGAUAGGAAUUGAUUUGGGUACAACCUAUUCCUGCGUUGGAGUUUACAAAAACGGACGCGUGGAGAUCAUAGCCAAUGAUCAGGGUAACCGUAUUACGCCGUCCUACGUGGCGUUCACCAAUGACGGUGAACGUCUGAUCGGUGACGCCGCCAAGAAUCAGCUGACGACGAAUCCAGAAAACACCGUGUUUGACGCCAAGCGGCUGAUCGGCCGCGAGUGGUCAGACCCCACUGUGCAGCAUGAUGUCAAAUUUUUCCCAUUCCCCGUCAUUGAGAAGAACAGUAAACCGCACAUUAAAGUCGAGACUAAUCAGGGUGAAAAAGUGUUUGCGCCCGAGGAAAUUUCCGCUAUGGUGUUAGGCAAGAUGAAGGAGACCGCCGAGGCGUAUCUAGGCAAGAAAGUCACUCAUGCGGUAGUUACCGUGCCAGCGUACUUCAACGAUGCACAAAGACAGGCGACUAAAGAUGCUGGAACGAUCUCUGGUCUGGUCGUAAUGAGGAUUAUCAACGAGCCGACUGCCGCCGCGAUCGCGUACGGUCUGGAUAAAAAGGAUGGCGAGAAGAACGUAUUGGUAUUCGAUUUGGGUGGUGGUACCUUCGACGUGAGUCUACUUACCAUCGAUAAUGGUGUGUUCGAGGUAGUCGCAACCAAUGGCGACACCCACUUGGGCGGCGAAGAUUUCGAUCAGCGCGUAAUGGAUCAUUUCAUCAAACUGUACAAGAAGAAGAAGGGCAAGGAUAUCCGCAAGGACAAUCGAGCUGUACAAAAAUUGCGUCGUGAAGUCGAAAAGGCCAAGCGAGCACUCAGUGCUAGCCAUCAGGUCAGGAUAGAGAUUGAAUCGUUCUUCGAGGGCGAGGACUUCUCCGAGACGUUGACCCGUGCCAAAUUCGAGGAGCUGAACAUGGACCUCUUCCGUAGUACCUUGAAACCCGUGCAAAAGGUCCUGGAGGACUCUGACAUGAGCAAGAAAGAUGUAGAUGAGAUUGUCCUAGUCGGCGGUUCGACCAGGAUUCCGAAAGUUCAGCAAUUAGUUAAGGAAUUCUUUGGCGGCAAGGAACCAUCGCGGGGCAUUAACCCCGACGAAGCCGUCGCUUAUGGCGCCGCUGUACAAGCCGGUGUGCUCUCCGGAGAACAAGACACCGAUGCUAUCGUACUUCUCGAUGUUAAUCCUCUCACUAUGGGUAUCGAAACCGUCGGAGGUGUAAUGACUAAACUUAUUCCAAGAAACACAGUCAUUCCCACAAAGAAAUCUCAAAUCUUCUCGACGGCAUCCGACAGUCAGCACACCGUGACAAUUCAGGUGUACGAGGGUGAGCGCCCCAUGACCAAGGACAAUCAUUUGCUCGGCAAAUUCGACCUGACCGGCAUCCCGCCGGCGCCGCGCGGCAUACCGCAGAUCGAAGUAACCUUCGAGAUCGACGCCAACGGUAUUCUGCAGGUAUCCGCCGAAGAUAAGGGCACGGGCAAUCGCGAAAAGAUCGUCAUCACGAAUGACCAGAACCGUCUGACACCCGACGACAUCGAACGAAUGAUCAAGGAUGCGGAGAAGUUCGCCGACGACGACAAGAAGCUUAAAGAGCGGGUGGAGGCGCGCAACGAAUUAGAGUCGUACGCAUAUUCGCUUAAAAAUCAAUUGGCUGACAAAGAGAAACUCGGCUCGAAACUGAGCGAUGCGGACAAGACCACGAUGGAGGAAGCGAUCGAGGAGAAGAUCAAGUGGCUGGAGGAGAAUCAGGACACCGAUCCGGAGGAGUACAAGAAGCAAAAGAAGGAACUCAGCGACGUCGUUCAGCCGAUUAUUGCUAAGUUGUAUCAGGGCGCGGGCGGCGGUGUCCCACCACCUACCAACGGUGGCGACGACGAAGAUCUCAAGGACGAGCUUUAACUGCAAGCCGCCGAUCCGCUUCCUUCGGUUCGCGGUUUGGACUGAUUACUCGCCUCCACGAGCAAAUACUUUACAGAAGUGUCGUUAAUACACAAUAAUUACGAAAGGCUGAAAACGGGAUGUUCUCGCCGUACGUUUAGCUCUAAAAGUGUGGCUGUUUGGUUCUAAGUUUCCCUUAGAUAAUAUAUAGUAUAUCUAAACUUUAAGAACUCUUAGGUUAAGAAGAUAUUUAAAGUUAAAUGUACAGUGGGAAUACGAGUCUUCGUUGUAUGUAAAUCGUCAAUGUAUAUUUAAGAAAAGUGCGAGAAAGUGCUGAGGAUGUUGAACGUCAGAUUUUUCAUACAUUCUACAUGACUUUGGACAUAUACACGUUAUCGAUUCGUCAAAUAUUUGUUAUUAAUAUAUACAAAAUUUUAACUAUUGUUUUAUCAGCUUAAUUCUAACAUUGUCUCGCAUUUUCCUUGAAUGGGCAACUCUAUCUUGAUUGUAAAUUGAUCGUUCGACUGUGUGUAUACUGUAUACAAAACGAGUCGAGAGAUCCGCGUUUGAUCGAAUUGUAACGAUAAAAUGAAAGUUUAACGAGAUGUGUGUAAUGCACAUACGCACAUUGUAGUUUGAAGAUUUCGUUCUAUCGCGCUCAACUCGUCCAAUCUUGAGUUGCAUGAUGCCAAUGUUAGGAACGAAGGGAUUGUCGAUUAUCGUAUAAAAAUUGUCGUCAGCCAGUUUCUACAUCGUGUUUGCUAAGGAGGAAUUUGACCUCGAUGAAAGUAAAGAGAGAUAGACGCUUUGCUCAUCCCUCGUGAGAAAUACAUAUACACAUACAUACAUUGACUAUUGCGUCGUUAAUUUAUUUCGAAUUGUUUUGUAUGUUCCAUUAAGUGUAAUAAUGAUAAUCGAUGAAUCGCGGAGCAAAGAGUGUUAAGGUUUGUUCGCGAGUAUGCGUGAGAGGGUGAAUGUUAAAUAUGCCAGUACUUUGUACUCGCGCACGGGCUUGUGUAACUCGUAUACUGCCACCGAGUUACAUCGUACAACGUACAAUGUAGCCCUAUCUCUACGUGGGUGAAUGCAAAUAUGUAUCAGUAUCGUAAGAAUAAAGUUUUUCAGUAAACUAUA